AUUUAUCACUCUCGGAAGAUCGAAGAGAAGAGAACAGUCUCGCGAUGAAAUCUCUUUUGAUGAGAACCGGUUCGAUGCCGGUUCAAAACCGGUUUAUUCCGUCGCGGAAGGUGACGACGACAAUCUCCAGGCACAACUCCGUCGAAUCAUUACCCAGCUACGGCAGCGAGGGAUUCGCCGCCGGGGGGAAGAUCUCGAUCGAUGUCAAGUCUACGGCGAUGAUGCGGAGGGUGUUAUCGGAGAGUGAUGUGAUUAGAUCUGAGAGAAGGUCUAAGAGUGUUGGAUCCAAGCCUUCGCCGGCGAAAAUUCCGGAGGAAGACGAGGAAAUUAGGUUCGCCGAUGGUUGGGGAUCGUUGAUCUGGGAGGAGAGUGGGCUUCCUAUGGAGGAGCAAGGAAUCUCCGGCGGUGGUGGUGGAUCUGGUUACAGCGGCGGUAAAGGAAAGGGAAACGGAAGCAGAGGAGGCGGUUACAACGAUAAGAGCAAGAUCGGUGAUUAUUAUCGAGAGAUGUUGAAAUCUAACCCCAAUAAUUCGCUUCUUCUGAUGAACUACGGCAAGUUUUUGUACGAGGUGGAGAAAGAUUCAGAGAGAGCAGAAGAAUACUACGGGAGAGCAAUACUUGAGAAUCCAGGUGAUGGUGAGGCAUUGUCAAUGUAUGGAAAGAUGAUAUGGGAAACGAAGAGAGAUGAGAAGAGAGCUCAAGGUUACUUUGAUCAAGCUGUUAAUGCUUCUCCUGAUGAUUGUAUGGUUUUGGGAUCAUACGCACAUUUCAUGUGGGAAGCAGAGGAUGAGGAAGAAGAAGAAGAACUGAUGGUUUCUGCUGUUUAGAAACUCCAAAGAGUGAUGGAGUCUGUGACAAUGUAUUAUCAAACCUUUAGCGUAUGUUACUUUAUUUUCCUAACUCUUUUGUUUUACUUGCGAUGUAAUAGUAACCUGAAGAGCAAUAAACAUGUGUAACUCAACGAAUGUAAAAAUCUUAAUAGAGAAUAAAAAGGGCUUCUGUAUAGCUUUU